AUGAUAAAGAGCUGGAAGAGACCGUUUCAGGUUUCAUUCCUUUUUGUGUGUAGUAUUUUUGUUUUUUAUAAAUUGAGAAAUUUAUUUUUUUUUAACAACAUAAUAAGUUUAAUUAAGAGUUAUCUAAUUUACAAUAAUAAUAAUAAUAAUAAUAAAAUAAAUUUCAUAAAUGAUGAUAUUAAAAAUAAUGUAAAAAUAUAUUUUGGAAGUCAAGGAGGAACAGCAGAAGAAUUUUCGAAAGAAUUAUGUUCCAAUUUAAAAGAAAUAUUCAAUAUUAAGGCGGAUAUUAUAGAUUUAGAAAAUUAUAAUAAAGAAGAAAUAAAAACAUUUGGAAUCCGUAUCUUUAUCGUUGCAACAUAUGGGGAUGGAGAACCUACAGAUAAUGCAGUCAAAUUUUUUAAAUGGUUAAAAAGUUUGAAUAAUGAUAACACAUAUUUUAGAAAUACAAAAUAUUCCAUCAUGGGGUUAGGAAGUAAGCAAUAUAAACAUUUUAACAAGAUGGGGAAAAAAUUGACCAGUUAUCUCAAUAAAUUUAAAGCAGAACAGAUUAGUGAAACGGUUUAUGGUGAUGAUGAUGAUAAUAUAUAUCACGAUUUUGAAAUUUGGAAAAAUAAAUUUUUUAAAGAAUUUUCAAAAUUAUUGAACAUGAAAAAUAUUCCUUGCAAAUAUGUUAAGGAAGAUAUUUAUGAAAUAAUAAACUGGAGAAACUUAGAAGACAUAAAAAUGGAUAUUUUGUAUGUACAAAAUGGUGCAAACAAUGGCGAAAGGGGUGACACGAAAAAUGAUGCGAAAUGGGAUGCCCAAAAUGAAGGGGAGAAAGAGCAUGACUUGUUUAGAAAUAAUCCACCAAAUGGUCAGGAAAACACUGCUUAUCGGAACAAAGAAAUAAUGUAUAAUAAAUAUGAAAAUAAACAGUUAGUACAUUUGACAACAGACAUAAAUGGAAAAUUUUAUUUUAACCACCUUACUGGUUACGUUAUAUCUAAUACAAAUUUGUUGAGAAAUGUAAGACCCACUAUUGAAGGAGAAAAAGUUAGUCAUAUAACUAUUAGUAUUCAGAAUAUUUCAUAUAAAAGUGGAGAUACAUUAGUUGUAUUGCCAAAAAACGCAAAACAUGUUACAUCAUGGUGGUUGAACCGAUUAAAUAUUGAAGAAGCAGAUAGGGGUAGAAAAUUUAUUUUUGUAUAUAAAAAAGAAAAUUUGGAGAACUCUUCCCCUACACAUCAAAAUGAAGUAAAUCUGAUUAGUACAUAUCAAAAUAGAGUUGAUUCGAAUUGCUUAUUAUAUGAUAAGGAAAAACAGUUAGUGCAAAAUUCCUACGAUGACGCAUCGGUUUGUGCACCUUUUCCCACACCCUGUACUAUUGAAGAAUCAUUACAAUAUUAUUGUGACUUGACAACUAUACCGAGAGUAAAUGUAUUAAAAAAAUUCAAAUGCUUCAUUAAAGAUAUUGAAGAACUUAAAACAUUUAAUAAUAUUUUGUCAAGUAAUCAUAGAAACACCUUUUUCAAUAUAUGUAAAGAAUGUGAUAUGACCUUCAUAGAAUUUGUAGAUAUAUUCAUGCAGAAAUCAGAAUUUGAAUUGGCUCCAUUUUUACAGUUAAUUCCAAAAAAUAAUACAAGGAGUUAUACCAUAUCUUCAUCCCCAAGAGAAUGUUCAAAUGUAAUAUCAUUAACUGUGAAGAAAAAGCAAUAUCCCAUUCAUUCCCUUCGAAGAGCUUUAAAAAAUUUGAAAAACAAUGAUAUGCUUCCCAAAAUUAGUGAAGAAAAGUUACGAAUCCUUUGCAAUAGACGUUGGUAUAAAGGAUCUUGUUCAUAUUAUUUAACUGAAGAAUUAAAUAUAAAUGACACAAUAAAAUUUAAUGUAAAAUGUUCAAAAUUUACGCUCCCACAUAAUUUGGAAUGGACUCAUAUAAUUAUGAUUGCUACAGGAACAGGGAUAGCUCCCUUCAAAGCUUUUAUAUCAGAAUUUAAAUAUUUUGAUAGAACAUGCGUGCAAAAUGGAAUAAAAAAAAGAGCACAACGAAUUUUAUUCUUUGGUUGCAGAAAAAAAGAAAUAGACUUUUUGUAUGAACAGGAAUUUAUGGAUGCUCAAAAAAAUAAACACAUUGAUGAAGCAUAUUUUGCAUUCUCAAGGGACCAAGAGAAAAAAAUUUAUGUUCAGGAUUUAAUUCUUGAAAAAAAGGAACUGAUAUGGAGUUUGAUACAAAAGGGGGCAUACAUAUAUGUUUGUGGGAAUAGCAAUAUGACUAAGGAUGUAAACAAAACCAUUAAUAAUUUAGCUAUAUUAAAUAAACAAAACGAUAAAAAAUUUACGAAAAAAUUAAAGAAAAGCGGUCGUUAUAUUGAAGAAAUGUGGUAA